AUGUCCAGUCUCCCGUCACAGCAUCCUACCCUCUCCCUCCACCUCACCGACCUCACCCUCACCCCGCUCAUCACAUCCUCCUCGUCGCCCACCCACCUCGAAUCCCUCACCUCGCUCACCUCGAGCGCCAUCACCUCCCAGACCACCGCCCAGCGCGCCAACCUCGGCCGCCCCCAGCGCAUCAUGGUCGAGUACCCCGACUCCGGCGCCGUCGUCCUGCAGUCCUACCUCGACCCCCGCGAGUCAGGCGGUGGCCACUCGGAGCCCGAGCCCGGCUCCAAAUACAAGCACGGCCACGACCAUGACCAUGACGCCGACGCCGACGCCGACCCGGACGACGCAACGGCCAGGACCGGCAGCGACGACGCUGCUGCCCCCGUCCUCAUCGGCGUGGUCGUCGCCGCCUCGUCGGACGAUGCGAGGGAGGCCCGACGCGCUGCUGCCAGGUUGGAGCGCAUCGGCCGCGAGUUUCAAAAGGAGUGGGCGGCUCAGGGACUGGAGCAGGACACCGACGGGAGGAGCACUCCUGAGUGA